CUUUUUUUUUACAUGGACAAACUACGCGAUAUUUCCAGCCAAGCCCACUGGACAGUAAGCAGCAGCAAGCACAACCACGGUGUCCUCAACCUACAAGACCCCAACCCGCAAACCUUCUGGCAAUCCGAAGGCCACCAACCGCACCAAAUUCUCAUCAACUUUCCCACCCGCCAACUCAUCCACACAAUUGCCCUCUACCUCAACAUUGACACAGACGAAAGCUACACUCCCUGUAAAAUACUCAUAUACGCUGGCACAAGUAAAUAUGAUAAACAAUUGUGUAUCAAUCAUGUAUUUACCACAGAGCCUCGCGGAUGGGUUUUGUUAAAGUUAAUGGAGAGAGCACAUUUAUUGUGUGUGGAGUUUCCUGAGAAUUAUGAUGGCGGGAGAAAUGUUCAAGUGAGGAUUGCGAGGGUUUUGGCUCCGCCGGUAGAGGAGGAGAGAUUCAGAAAGGAGAGUAUUUUGCCCUUUUCCACACAAGAAUUCUUCAUGUACGACUCACUGCGUUGAAGUAAAAAAGUAUAAAUAAAAUUGAUUUUUAAAA